AUGGGAUCAGAAUCUGACGAAGAAAUAUCCAAUGCUGUGAGAGAAGUAGAGGAGGCCGCAAAGGCGCCGCAAAGGAAAGCUAAGUCCACCGCAAGUAAAACGAAACCCACCGCAGAUAAGUCGCAAACUGAAAGUAAAAGAGACAAGCUUAUAGAGCUAUCAAGGGAUGGUGUAAUAGAGAAGUCCGCAAGUUUUAUAAGAAAGUCCAACAAGGAUGUUGUGGACAAACUUUACAAUGAGUAUGAAAGUCAGAGGAUGUCAUUCGCAAGUGACUUCUUAUCAACACUUAUAAUUUCAAAGUUUGCUUCUAUACUAGGGAGUUUCGGUGCAGUGGAAUCAUCAGAUAAGCUAUCAGAGGAACUACUUAGUGAUAAACUUCUAAAGGAUGACGUAUCAUAUCUAACAAGAAUGAUAUCCCCCAACAUUCCAUUCAUAGGUUUAAUAUCAGGUGGUUGUACAACAGCUAAGCAUGUCGUUGCUCACAAGUGGAAUAGGAAGGAGAAGCCUGAGGAGACAUCGGAGGAAGCAAAACAUACCUUAUUAAAUACAGAAGAAGAAGAAUGUCAGGAUACGAAUGGGAAAACGCUUGGGAAGGAACAGAGUUUGAAGAUAUAA